GCACACAUCAAAUUGAUAUCAGAAUCGCCGGCAGCGAGUGUGCAGGUACACCAUGUGUGUGCCCACUACAUGAUGGCGUCUUGUAGGUCUUGGUUGUCGGCUUGCGGGCCGUUCUGCUCCUCGCCUGCCUCCUCGAACUCCAUGCGAGCCACGCACGAGCCAGCAGGGGUGCCAUACACACCUGCCAUCCAUCCAUCCAUCCAUCCCCACCUCCACACACUGGGCCCCUGCUGGGGAGGAAAAGGUCUCAUUUCUCCCCUCCCUUUCCCCUCCCCUACCGAUGAUCACUUUGGCCUGUUCGUACAUGUGGGGUCUGUGCGUGAUGACGACGAGCUGGAGCUGCUUGAGUGUCUCGGCCUGCUGGAACAGAGUGCACAGCCGGCCCACAGCCACGCUGUCCAUGCUCGCAUCUACCCAAUUGACCAAUUGACAAGACACAGACAGCCGUCGAUGCGAUGCACGUGUUCGUACGAGUGCGUACGUGUGAGUGCAUUGUUACCUACCGAGUUCGUCACAGAAGAGGGAGGGGAUGGGUGCAGGCCCGAGGAUGGAACACGCCAGCGACAGACACGCAAUGGCCUGGCUCUGCUGACCUGCACACAGCCACACUCACGGAGGGAGCCACCCUUGUGUCUGUCUGUUGUCCAUUGUUGUUGCUGUCGUAUUUUUGUGUGUCUGGCUUGCCCAUGGAGAGUCGCGGGAGUGCACGCCAGGGGCCGUUGGCCUCGGGCUUGACCUGCAUUGGAGCCGAAACACACAUGUGGAGAGGAGACACGGCGGUUGGUGUUAUGCCAUCAAUGUGUCGUGGCCUGUCUCACCAUGAUUUGUACGCCGUGUGCGUUGAGGAGGAACGCAUCGCUCGAAUACUCUAUCAGCACCCUGCCGCCCUGGUUGUUCACCACCUGACACGCACAGAAAACAACUCCAUCCAUCCAUCCAUCCAGCCACAGGUACCUUAUAGAAAGAUUGUAUAGUGUCGUUGAGGCUGCUGAGAAACUGCACGAGCUGUGUGUGUCGCUGGUCGGCCAUCGCCUGCCGCUCCGCCGUCUUGUGCUCGAUCCGCUGCUGCAGGCUCUCCAUGCGCUCGCUCACGAUGGCCAUCUCAUGCUUGGUCGAGAAGAAUCCCCCGAGGGCCUGAUCGAUCGAUGUCAAGGGACGUCAUAAAAUGCAUGACAUGGAUGUGUGUGGCUGUGUGAGAGAGAUGGAUGGUACGUCACAGUCGAGUCCGUCACGAGCCUUCGCCAGUGCCUGGAUGGUGGGACACAGACAGGAAAGUGAUCCAUGGUAUUGUGUGUGUGACACUGUGUGCAUGUGUGUAUCAGUCAGCUCACGAUGGUGUCCUCUUGUAUCGUGUCUUGGUCAAUAUGCUCCUCUUCCUCCUCCUCCUCCUCUUCCAUGUCGUCUUGUUCGUCAUCACGCUCUACAUCGCCGCCAUCGGCUUCAUCGCCCUCGCCACCCCUGAACACACAGACAGAAUUAGGAUGGAUCUCUCCCUCCCUCUCCCUCCCGUACCUUGCCGCACACCAGUCCUCAGGGUCGCCUUCGAGGCCGUUGUCCUUCGCCUGCAAAGAAAGGAGAGAGGGAUGAAAGGAUGCUGUAGAGAACCAGCCGGCUGGGCUGGUCGUCAAUGUCUGUGCUCACUCACAAUUGCGAUGAAUGUGGAUCUGUUCAUCUUGGCGUGUCUCAGCUUCUUGAGCCGUGUCGUCAGUGUCUCCCUCUCCUCUGCCAGCGCCGCACUCUCGGCCUCACUCUUGGCGAUCUUCUUGCGAAGCGAGGCCAGCUGCGACUUGGCCUUGUCGGCCUUGGUGGCCAGGUCGUCAUGGCGCUUCUCCAUCGACGACAGCUCACGUGUGAGGGAGCUCUUGAGACAUGACGCAUCCUGUGGGCACGGGCAGGGAGGUGAGGCGGGUGGGAUGGGGCGGCAGUGUGUGAACUCUUGUGGUGUGAAUGCAUUCACCCACCUGUAUGCCGUUGCACAUGUCCUGGAUAUCUGUGUUGAGUUUGUCCAGGUCGACAUUCAGGUUGGGACCCCCACUCGAGGCCGAUACCUGACACACAGACAUUGAUGCGCAGGGGUGGUAGGUUAGAUCAGGUUGCCUCAAGCUGACCUUCUGUUUGAGCGAUUCGAAGGAUGUUUGCAGCAGCCGCGUGCGGUCCUCCAGCCUGUGUUGCUGUUCCUCUAUCGACUCGAGCUCAGCCAGAUGGGUGGCGUACUCCGCCAGAUGACCCUCACCCCUCUGGUGCAGAGACUACCGGAGGAUGGAUGCGCAGUCGACAGACAGGCAGACAGACAGACCUUUCAAAUUGUUGGGUGCCUCGGAGGGCAGCUCCAUGCCCACCUGCGGCAGCCUCUGUUUGGCCUCAUCGAUGGAUUUGGUUGCGUCAUUCCUGACCACAGACAUACAGGGGAGGGAGAUGUGCUCACUGCCUGUCUCUGCCUGUGGGUGUUGGCUUACACGAGCUGCAUCUGCUGCUGUGUUUGUUUCUUCUGUGCGUUGAGCGAGGACACCAGGCCGCGCUUCUGCCGCACCAGCGACUGCAUACAUCGACAGAGAGGGACGUCGGAGACAAAUAUGCAAAGGCGCAAUGGAUAGAGCCAUCAGUGCUGCUUGGUAUGUUGUGUGUGCGGUGUAAGUACAUCGAUCUGUCUCUGCAGGGCACUUCGCUUCUGCGAGAGCUCCUCAAGACCUGCACACACACACACACACACACACAUGCAGAAAGAGCAUAUGGCGCAAAGAGCAGCACCACGCACCAACCAUAUGCCGUACCUCUGAUUCUGUCCAUGAGUGUGCUGCGUUGGUCUCUGACAUCCGCCAGCGCCUUCUUGACCUUCUGCAUCUCCUCCUGCUGCUGGUGGUGGCCGGCCCCCUUGUCGUCCACACGCGGCCGCUUCUUGUCACCAUCAGCCGAUGCUGCUGAUGCAUUCUCCGCCACUCGCAGCAGCCUAUGCGAUGCGCCGCUGCCAGGACGACCACAAGCCAUGAUCUCACCGUCACCUGUGUGAAUGCGGACAAAAGGAGAAGGCUGGAGGAGUCGGUGACGGUUCGUGUGGUGCAUUGGUUGUCUGCGUGCCUCUGAAUAUCUCGUUGUCGCGAGUGAUGAAGUUCUUGCCACGAAACGUCUUCUGCAGCACGAGGGCGUCAUCCACGGACUCCACCAGAUACCUGAGCACAUCCAUCCACACAGGCACUGGCUGCUGCUGCUGCUGCUGCUGCUGCGUGAAGCCUGCCUUGCCUCCAUGCGUACCAGUUGUUGACGAGCGAUGACCAGAUGGGUGUGAGGUCAGGCGACUCGACGUCGAUAAACGUCAUCAGCGGUGUGGCGGUGGCGUUGUUGUGUGUGAGGGGGUGGGGUGCGGCAGUCUCGCUGCGGUACUCGUCAAGGAUAACACACUUGACCUGGCCCAGCUGAUGGCGGAAACGGACAAAGGCCAGUUAGGGUUGGUGUGGGUUGCCCCCUGCCUGUCCGUCUGUGUGUCAGCUUGCCUUGUUCUGUUGGAAGUGCUUGACCACUGCGAUGGCCGUGUUGCGUUGCCGGACAACCACACAAUGCCUCAGAGGCCAACUGAUGACCUGACAAGGGAGGAGGGAGAGGGAGACAUGCGCUAGUGCGAUAGGUACGGGUGUCCUGUGGAUGUCAUUUGACCCGACCGAUUCGAUCACGGAGGCCACGGACGCGUCGUUGCAGGCACCUGACACAGCACAGACAAGCUAGGACACUUUUUUGCCAUCACCCAUUUCAUAUAUUCGGACCCGUAUCCCGUAGAGGUCCGAUGAAGGCGUUGCAUAGUGUCCCCCUGAGCUGCUUGACACCCUCCUCCCACUUGCCACACAUUGCGCCCGCACUCCCAGCACCAUGGGCUGCAACAUGGCCCUCGAGCUGUUUGAGGCGCGCCUCAAGAUUGACCAUCUGCUGGCUGCUCUCGUCGUACUGCCGUCGCACAGACCGCAGCUGCGACUCCUCGCACUCCUUCAUCCCAUCUGACCAUCAUCAACGUGCCCAUGGUCUGUGGCAGCCUCGGCUUUGUUCGUGUAGGAUGGGCAAACCGACCCGCUGAGAGCUGUGCAUUGGCUUUUUCCUCCUUCUUGGCCACAUCCUGGAUCUGCUGCUCGAUGUGCGAGCACUCAGCCUCACUCGAUUGCACCUCCGACUCGUACUGCAUCCAUCGAUACAGGGCACAGAGGGGACAGAUGGAUGGGUGCUGGCGUGUUGUGGCGAUCUGUGAUGCAAUGACCUGUCGUUUCCGUUUGAUGGCGUCGAGGUAGGCAGACACGGCCUCGCUGGGCGGCCCGUCGCCGAUGUCUAACCGACCCGCCUGACAAAGGGAUGGUGGAUGGGGCAGGGCAGCACACAUAGGCAUUCUCGUGAUUUCACGCCACCCACCCAUCCAAACUUACCAGUGUGUUGAUGUUCGUUUGUGUGUGCUUGUAUUUCUGUUGGCAGUCCUUGAGCUGCUUCUUGCAGUCUUGCAGCUCCUUCGACUUGGACUUGUAGAGCUCCUUUGCCCUCUUGACCUGAAACAGACACAGACACGGAUGCAUCCAUCGUGGUGUAGGUCUCUAUGUCUGGCUGUAUGGCUACUGGGCACCUCCUUCUCGUGUGCCUCGUGCUGUGCCUCGUGCUCGUACAGUGUGUCCUUCUUUACACGCAGAUCUGAUGCAUGGAUGGAUGGAUGAGAACAGCAAAUCGAUGGAGACCUUCCCUCCCCUCUGUCUAAUGUCUUGCCUUGCUGGAGCUUCUUGACUCUGUUGUCAGCUUGUUUGAGGGCCUUCUCCUUCUCCACCCUCUGAUAAACACGCAAACAAGCCAACGGUUUCCUCUGUCCGUGCCUGUUUGCCUUUGUGUGCAUGGAUGUCUGGCCCCUCUCCUCUGCUCGCGCCUCACCUCCUUGUCGAGCUCCUGCAGUGCCUUGCGCUGCGUCUCAUACAGAUCCUGACCAAUCGACAUACACACGUGACGCGCUAUGUGUGUGUGUGUCAUCGGAUGUGCACGUCGCUUCCCGCACCGUGGCAGCCUCCUCCUUGUCUUUUGAUGUCUCCAGCACACUCUGACACUGCGCCGCCCUCUCAGCACAGCUGGUGCUCUGCUCCGUCGCGGCACGCAGCAGGCGAGCAAUGAGCCUCGUGUACAUGUGGUGCAGCCUGACGGCGUCUUGGUAGACAGGCUUGAGUGUCUCCAUCUGGUCAGUGAGCCGGCGGGACUCCUGGCCGGCCUCGUGCGCCUCGCUCGACAGCCUCUCCACCUCCUCACUCUGCAGCAUGCCGCACGAUAGAUGCAGCAGCGGCUGUCCAAUGUCUGUGUGGGGGCCUGCAGGGUGCAUUCGCGUACCAUUGCCUCUAUCUUCUCCAUGAGCUCCUCUGUCCGUGCGAUUCGCUCGACAAACUUGAGCAGAGCAUGAGGACCCGACAACACCUGAAGCAACACACAUCAUGGAGCUGUGUAGAACUCACUUCCAUGCCCACCCAUUCCCCCCCGCCCUUGUCCUUGCCCACCUGUGCGAUUCUGUUCUUCUGUGAGAUUGCGAGCCGAUCGAUGCUGUGGAUGUCGAAGCCCAGCUCAGCAAGGGCCGACAUGUACUCCUCCUUCUUGCACACCUGCAAGAUCCCACAACAAGUGCAGAGGAAACGCCACACACACUGCACACGGGCGUGGCGUGCCCUCGCAUCUCACAUUGUCCGCGGCAGCCUGCAGCAGCUCGGCCGGCGACACCUUCUCCCCCUCCCCAUCAGCCUUCUUGCGCAUCAUCAUGUAGUCACUCUUGGCGUCCUUUGUCGUCAGCUUCACCCGACGCCCCGCCAAUACGAUGUCACAACUGCAAAACACAAAAACACACACACAGGAGAAGGGAACAAUAUGCACAUGGCUCAUGUUUCCCCACCUACAUACCAGACCCACCAUCCACCCACCCGCUCUGCAGAGUGAUGCCGACGAACGCCGAUGCCUUCUGCUGCUGCUGGCGACGGUUGUCAUUGACGUACGACGCCAGGUUGCCGCGAAGACUCUCCCUGCACCCAGCAGCAUUGCAUAUGGUUAGUGUCGCGCAGUCAGUGCCUUCCAUCCUAAGUACUUGUUGGACACGCCGAGGCAGAACUGCAGUGCGUCGAGGAUGGCCGACUUGCCGGAUCCAUUCGGACCUAUCACAGAGGUGAAGCGCGAGUCGAGCUCAAUCUCGACUGGGCGGGAGAAGGACUUGAACGCCUCGCAAUAUAUGGUCGUGAUCUUCCACAU